AUGGACAAUGACGAACAUCUUGAGUCUGAGACAACAGAGGAGAAUGGAGCCCAGCCAGCACCACAGAGCAGCGAAGAAAUGCUCUACUGUGAGGCCGAACCACCCCCGCCUGUCGAUAAAGAGAAACCAGCCCAGGAGAGCUCAGAAACAGACCUCGAGAUCGAAGAUGCUGAGAGAUUGUUCACCACUGGACAAAGGGAGCUGUACACAGAGGCCUGCAAGCUGGUGGGCGUGGUGCCCGUGUCCUACUUCCUCCGGAACAUGGAAGAGGCCUUCCUGAACCUCAGCCACCAUGGUCUGGGCCCCAACGGUACCAAGGCUAUUGCUAUAGCCCUGGUGUCCAACACGACUGUGAUCUCCCUGGAGCUGGAAGACAAUUGUAUCAUGGAGGAGGGCGUCCUGAGCCUGGUGGAGAUGCUACAAGAGAACUAUUACCUCCAGGAGCUGAAUAUUUCCAACAAUGACCUUGGUUUCGAGGGAGCCAGAAUCAUCUCACGGUUUCUCCAGAGAAAUUCCUCUUCGCUCUUGAACCUUCAACUCUCAGGAAAUGGCUUCAGGGAUGAAUCGGCAGAGCUGCUGUGCACGGCCCUGUCGGCCAAUUACCGAAUUCGGGAGAUUGACCUCAGUCACAACCAGUUCUCUGACAAGGGAGGAGAGUUCCUGGGACAGAUGCUGGCCCUCAACGUAGGCCUCGUGACGCUGGAUCUGAGCUGGAAUCACUUCUGCUCACGGGCAGCGGUGGCCUUGUGCAGCGGCCUCCGGUCUAACGUGACCCUGAAGACCCUGGACCUCUCCAUGAAUGGCUUUGGGAACGAGGGGGCUGCGGCCUUCGGGGAGGCCCUCAGACUCAACAGCUCCCUGGCCUACGUGGACAUCAGCGCCAAUAACAUCAGCAAUGAAGGGAUCUCCAAGAUCGGCAGGGGGCUGGAGAUGAAUGAGAGCAUCAAAGUUCUGAAGCUGUUCCUGAACCCCAUGAGCAUAGACGGGGCUAUCAUCCUCAUCAUGUCCAUCAAGAGGAACACCAGGUCCAAGAUGGAAAAGCUUGACAUUUCCAACGUGAUGGUGUCCGAGCAGUUUGUGAAAAUAUUGGACGGGGUGUACGCCGUGCACCCCCAGCUGGAUGUGACCUACAAGGCAGUCCAGGGCCUCUCGGUCAAGAGCACCUUCUUCCUGUGGACGAACCCCAUGAAACUGAUCCAGAGUUAUGCAGACCAGAACAAAAUCACGAUCUUGGACUUCUUCAAGAGCUUGAACCCCGCUGGGACUGUAAAGAUGCCGAUGGGCGAAUUCUGGAAAGUCAUGAUACAGCAGGACAAGGUCCCCCUAAACCGGUUCCAGCUCAGGGAGCUGACAAAGCGGCUGGAUAACAAGAAAGGCAUGGUGGACUUCAGUUUCUUGUAAAUGGGGAAGCCAUAGCAACGAGUCUGGCCUGGAAAGAAGUCUCUGCAACAGAAAAGUCCUGGCAGGUCGGACGGUGGCAAGGAGGAAGC